AUGCCAUCCAACGGCAAAGCCAAUACGUCAAAUAAAGUCUACUUCCUGGAGAUCCACGAGCAUCACGACAAGAUGUACCUCUACAGAGCGUGUCUGAAAGCUGUUGAAGACUCUCCCGCAGCCAGCAUCUUCUCGCAUGGUAUGACCUUUUUGGGCUUCACGUACUCUGUGGAGGGGGUUAAUGAUGACCCUGUGAAGCUCUCGCUCAAGAACGUUCCUGCCGGCCGUUACAGUAUCCAUGAGACGAUCGUCAGAGGCGAGUAA